CAAACGCACGCCCUCAUCGUUCUCGGUGGCUACGUCGGCGUGGACGAGUACAGAUAUGUAUACUUUGUGCUCCUGCUGAUCCUUUACGUUCUCAUCCUCUGCUCUAACUGCACCAUCAUUUGCGUGGUGUGGAUCCACAGGAACCUUCACGAGCCCAUGUAUGUUUUCAUCGCCGCUUUGUCCCUCAACUCGCUUUUGUUCAGCACGUCGCUCUACCCCAAGCUCUUCGCGGACGUCCUGUCUCACGAGCAGAGCGUCACUCGCGUCAGCUGUCUGCUUCAGUUCCUUUUCUUCUACACUUUCGGCGGUUCUGAUUUCCUGCUGCUGUCGGCCAUGGCUUACGACCGCUACGUGUCCAUCUGCAGGCCCCUGCACUACGCCGCUACGAUGGGCACGAGCAGGGUCGCCGUCUUCUUGGCUUUGGCUUGGCUUUUCCCCGCCUUGCAUUUGUCAGUGGCAGCCGUCGCGCAUUCCAGAGUGAAGCUGUGCGACUUCACCGUCGGGGAUUUUUUUUGCAACAAUACAAUUGUAAAACUGUACUGCGUGGUUCCCCGAUUCCUCAACGUGUGGCGUUUGGUUAUUCUGACAAACAUUACUCUCAUCCCGGUGCUGUUCAUCCUCUUCACGUACGUGAAGAUACUCAGCGUGGCCUAUUUCAGCCGCGGAGAAGUCCGGAAGAAAGCGGCGGAGACGUGCCUGCCCCACCUGAUGGUUUUAAUCAGUUUCUCCUGUCUGUGCGGCUUCCACGUCAUCGCAGCGCAACUGGACUCGGAUCUUCCGAAAAUUGUGCGGCUGGCGAUCAAUCUGCAAAUCGCGGCGUACAAUCCUCUGCUCAACCCGAUCAUUUACGGAGUGAAGAUGAAAGAAAUAUGGAAACACGUUAAGAGAUUGUUGGCGUGUCGGGGAAAGCGCUUCAAGUCAUUUGCAUAAAUGUUGCCAGAAUGUUAAAAACGAAAACAGAUUUAUCCUUUAUUAAUGAGUCAAUCCAUUCAGAAUGUAUUCUGUCCUUUUCGUUGUUUUAUUGAGACCACGUGAACAUAUUAGUAUUGCUGUUGUGUCAUUUUGUGUCAACAUUUGUGCCACCUUUAAACCUGGGCGGUUUGAUUAUCAGGCUGCACGGAGGGGCUGAAAAAAAAUAAUUUCAUUGAUCAUCAUCGUCAGCAGGCGGCACGGUGGAAAAGCGUUGGCCUCACGGUUCUGAGGUCCCGGGUUCAAUCCCAGUUCUCCCUGUGUGGAGUUUGCAUGUUCGCCCCGUGCCUGCGUGUGCUUCCUCCGAGCGCUCCGGUUUCCUCCCACAUCCCCAAAAAAAAACAUCCAACAUUAAUUUAACACUCUAAAUUGCCCAUAGGUGUGAUUGUGAGUGUGACUGUCUCUUUGUGCCCUGCGAUUGGCUGGCGACCAGUUCAGGGUGUACCCCGCCUCCUGCCCGUUGACAGCUGGGAUAGGCUCCAGCACUCCCACUGACCCUCGUGAGGAUAAGCG